GUGGACAUCGACACGCAGGCACAGGAACGGCGCUGAAGACACCGCGAAGGACAGCAAGAAGAAGCAUCAGCAGAGAAGAAAUGGCGUAUGCAAAUCAAUCACAGCAGCAGCAGUACGGCGACUCUGCGAACCUGCAGUUCUACUCCUCCAACUACGAUGCGCCGAUCAACGCCCCGGCCGGCGGACGAUUCAGCACCAGCCGGAGCGGGAUGGGCGGCGUGACUCCGCAGUACUCGUCUGCGUUUGGCGGCAGCAGCACUGGAGCUGCUGGAGCGGGUGGGGCGGCGGACGGUAUGUCUGCUGCUGCGAGCGGUGAACGGUUGAGUCGUGGAUUGCUGGCUGCAUUUGGAACUGGCGGGUAUUCUGAUGAACCUCCGUUGCUGGAAGAGCUUGGAAUCAAUUUCGGACACAUAAAGUCAAAGACAUUAACCGUCCUCAAUCCCCUGGCCAGAGUAGAUCAAAACAUCAUGGACGACUCCGAUCUCGCCGGUCCUAUUCUCUUUUUCCUCCUCUUUGGCACCUUCCUCCUCCUAUCUGGCAAGAUUCAUUUCGGCUACAUCUACGGCGUCGCGCUGCUGGGAUCAAUAUCGCUGCAUUUCAUCAUGAACUUGAUGGCCACCACCGGCGGUAUCGACUUUAUCAGAACUGCGAGCGUGCUUGGUUAUUGUCUGCUUCCGCUUGUUGUCACUUCUGCUAUUGGCAUCAUCGUCUCUGUCGACAACUUCAUCGGCUACCUCUUCUGCGCGCUCUCCAUAUUCUGGUGCACAUACUCCUCCUCCGCAAUGUUCGUCGCCGUCCUCCAGCUCUCAGACAUGAGACCGCUGGUAGCAUACCCGCUCAUGCUGUUCUACAGCGUCUUCGCAGUCAUGACCAUCUUUGCCGAUAAGGCAUGAAUGACCUUUUCUGAUCUGUCAUCUUGAAAUCCUCUCCCUCGGGUGAUUCAGAGGAGGUGAUUCAAAGGAGAGGGUGAUGGGAGGAUGAACUUGACUCUUCUUGCGCGGUUGGCGGAUGCAUUUGUAAAAUAAUAAGAGUGUAUAAUUUGGGUCUUUUAAACGGGUUAAAAACAUAGUUCUUG